UCUCUCUCUCUCUCUCUCUCUCUCUCUCUCUCUCUCUUGUGGUCCUGAUGUGAUUCGCAGGGCUUCAGUCUGGUCGUGACGGACAGAUCUCAGCCGAGUGCAGAAGAUUGAUGGAAGAUUUUUCUUUAAUGGAGGACAAAAUGAAACGAUUUAUUUCUGGACUAGAACAAUAGUUUUUUUUUAUUGGAGAUUUCUUGGUGGGAAAACCUGAUGAGUCUCUCCGUCAUAAAAGUUUCCCUGGAUUUAAUUGGACGUACCUGCACCUGUUACAUCACCUAGAAUACCUGUGAACAUCUCAUUUAAAAGGAUGACGGGUCAGGUUCUGGAGGAGAGUACGGAUCUGACGGCCCACCGGCUCUCAGUGAAAACCUCUAUGGAGGAUGAUUCUGAGAGAGCAGACAGUAUACUGAGCCGAGGCCCAUCUAUAUGUGAUGACACGUCUUCAGAGCUGCAGAGAGUCGCCACCAUAGAGCCUCGUGGCCUGAACUCACGAAACUCCUUCCGUGGAAGAGGAGCCAUGUCACGGUUGGUGAGUAUGGUGGUGACGCUCCGGGAAUGGGCCCAUAAGAGUCUCCAGGAGGAGGAGGAAAGACCGGACUCGUUUCUGGAGCGUUUCCGCGGGCCGGAGCUUCGCAUCGCUCCCAGCCGGAUCAGCAGCAACAGACCGGACCAGAACGACCCGGACAGCAGUGCAAAAACCAAGAAGAAGUCAGACGUAUUUGUCCUCGCAGCAGCAGACGACUUGUAUUACCACUGGCUGUUUAUCAUCGCCACCGCUGUGCUGUACAACUGGUGUCUACUGGUGGCCAGGGCCUGCUUUGAUGAGCUUCAAACCAACAACUACAUUGUGUGGCUGGUUCUGGAUUACCUCUCUGAUCUGGUCUACAUACUGGACACCUGUGUGAGACUGAGAACAGGUUACCUGGAGCAGGGUCUUCUGGUGAAGGACCUCAAAAAGUUAAGAGACACCUACAUCAGCAACCUCCAGUUUAAGCUGGACCUCCUGUCCAUCCUGCCCACAGACCUGGCGUACAUCGCUACUGGAAUCCACGUACCGGAGCUGCGAUUCAAUCGUCUGAUGCGCUUCUCUCGGUUGUUUGAGUUCUUUGAUCGUACGGAAACUCGCACAAGCUAUCCGAACACUUUCCGCAUUGGAAACCUGGUGCUCUACAUCUUGGUCAUCAUCCACUGGAACGCCUGCAUCUACUUCGCCAUUUCGAAGUCUCUUGGCUUCGGCUCAGACCAGUGGGUCUACCCUAACAUCUCGGAUCCCGAGUUUGGUGCUCUCUCAAGAGGCUACAUCUACUGCCUCUACUGGUCCACCCUCACGCUCACCACCAUUGGCGAGAUGCCUGCACCAGUGCGUGACGAGGAGUACCUCUUCGUGAUCUUCGACUUCCUAGUGGGUGUCCUCAUCUUUGCCACCAUUGUUGGCAACGUAGGAGCCAUGAUAUCCAACAUGAACGCCACACGUGCCGAGUUCCAAGCCCGCAUCGACUCCAUCAAGCACUACAUGCAGUUCCGCAAGGUCAGUAAGGAGCUGGAGGCUCGGGUCAUCAAAUGGUUUGACUACCUGUGGACCAACAAGAAGGCAAUCGAUGAGCAAGAGGUGCUCAAGAACCUUCCCAACAAGCUUCGGGCGGAAAUCGCCAUCAACGUGCACCUGGAGACUCUGAAGAAGGUGCGGAUCUUGCAGGACUGUGAAGCAGGGCUCUUAGUGGAGCUCGUUCUGAAGCUUCGGCCUCAAGUCUUCAGCCCGGGCGACUACGUCUGUCGGAAAGGAGACAUUGGGAAGGAGAUGUACAUCAUUAAAGAAGGUCGGCUGGCGGUGGUCGCUGACGACGGCGUGACGCAGUUCGCCCUCCUGACUUCUGGCAGCUGCUUCGGCGAGAUCAGCAUCCUCAACAUCAAGGGCAGCAAGAUGGGCAACCGGCGCACGGCCAACAUCCGAAGCAUCGGCUACUCGGACCUCUUCUGCCUGUCCAAGGAUGACUUGAUGGAGGCGGUGAUAGAAUACCCUGAUGCCAAGAAGGUGCUGGAGGAGAGGGGCCGAGAGAUCCUCCGGAAGGAGGGACUGCUGGAGGAGCUGAGGGCAGGGGGGCUUACAGGAGAACAGAUGGAGGAGAAAGUGGAACGACUGGAGACGUCCCUGGAUACCCUGCAGACCCGCUUCGCCCGGCUGCUGGGGGAAUACACGGCUACACAGCAGAGACUCAAACAGAGGGUCACCACUCUGGAGAGCAGGAUGCAGCUUUCAGGCAGCGGGUUUCUGUCCGAUGGUAACGAGAGCACUACCGAUGGUGACGGCACUCACAGCGAGGUCAACAUUCAGCUCUGAAUGGAACUGGGUCUUUAUUAUGGGUCUUAAUUCCAUGAUUAUUCUAGACUCAGGGAGAACAAGUGGCUCAGAGGCUUGUUGGUUAAAGGAGAACUCUGGUGUAAAAUGGACUUUUGUUGUAGUAAAACAUGAUAAAAUAUUCUUUCCUUUGAUGAAUAGCACACCUCCGUUCUCCCACAGCGUUCAGAGAUCCAGACAUUUUAACAGUUUGUCCAAACACCCUUCAGACUGGGAGAUACGGGGCAAAAUUUGCCUUGAUGAAUCACUUUUUACACCGUUAUCCAGCUCAAAGUAGCUCCACACCUCCUCACUAGAAUCCGAAGAGCCCUGACAUUUAAAACGAGGCAUUAAUAACUUAAGGUAAGUACUUUUUUUUCAUGUUUUACUUCUCCAAAAGUCCAUUUUACACCGGAGUUCUCCUAUAACACAUUUCAUGUUUUUUCCAUGGUAUUCCAUGUCUUCGUGUCUGGGUUUCCUCCCACUGUCCAAAAACAUGGUUAACAGGUUAAAUGGAAACUCUGAAUUGCCCUGGUGUGUAUACUGUAUGUGUGGGUGUAAUUAUGUAUGAGAGUGUGUAUGUAUGUUUAAAACUUUUUAGAGCUUUUGAGACAUUUUUUAUACUUUUGCUAAUUUCAUUUUAUAAUAGUCUUUUAAGGACAUCUGGAAUCUGAAAAGGCAAAGGCUAUGUUUAAUGUCAUUAAAAAUAGAUGUCUUUAGUGUCCACUAAAGCUGAUAUCCAUAUUUUAGUCAAAAAUGUAAAUAGCUCAGUGUUUUUAAAUAGGUCAAUAAAUCAAUAGGUCAAUGGGUCACUUUAUAUGAGUCAUUACCAGUUGGAGACAAUAUUUAACAAUAAAAUGUUUGUUUUGGGUGAAGACUGAAACAUGUAAAGGCUGUAUAUAUGUAUAUAAACUUUGACUUGUAUUAUUGUACUACAUAAACUUUGAAGCUGAUUUUUGUUUGAAACACAGAUUAAAGAUAUUGUGUUUUAGUUUA